AUGACAUUUGACUUUGUCCAUAUGAGGUCCUUGAAUGAGUCCACAUUGAAGAAAAUGUCUAACAAAUUUGGUGUUGUUGGUAGUAGAAAGUACUUCUUAUUGGUGGGUUUGAGUUUCAAGCCAUUGAUUGAUGAUGAAGACAUUGAAAUAAGAGCUAUAUGUCAUAAAUAUGGUAGUAAAGAAAUGACUUUGUAUGUUGAAAAUGAAGUAGGGAGGGGUAUUUUAGUAAAACUAAAACUGAAUCUCGCUCGCUCGCUCGCGUGUACCAUUGAGUACUCAAAAAACAAAAGUGAAAUAUCAAACUUUUCUUUCACCGGGAACCCAUCGACUGCAGCCGACUGGAAGAACCCUAGCCCGCCUCCAUCUGCCCACGCAGCCGCUGGCCACCAUCUCCACUACCCGCCUCCGCCACUCCGUUCUGGAGGAGCUUGA